AGCCAUCAAGCCAUGAGAAGACAUGGAGGAACCUCAAAUGCUAAGUGGAAGAAGCCAGUCUGGGAAGGUUAUAAACAGUAUGAUUCUAACUAUAUGACAUUCUGGAAAAGGCAAAACCAUAGAGAAAGCAAAAAGAAAAUCGAGCAAGAGGAUGCUCCUCUCUAGUCCCAAUUUUUGAGACUAUCUUUCCAAUCCUUCCUGGGGAUGGGAGGUCCGAGCCUGACACUGGCUUUCCCCUCCUGUCUCACUCCAGCCAGAUGGGGAGGCAGGAGCAGCUCUGGUCCCUCCCCAACCCGGGUAGGGAUUUCCAACCCAGCUGUCACAGCUCUAAGAAGCAGACUGAGGGAGAGGCCAUCAGAAGCAGGGAGAGUUGGCAAAAGGAGUAACAGAGAAGACCAGGAGGCCAAGAUAUCAACAGGAAGGAGGGAGAACCAUCUUGGGUUGGUGCCUGGUGAGCCCUGACUGUUCCCUCCAUGCAGUUUCCCAUGGGCCCUGCCUGCAUCUUCUUGAGAAAAGGCAUCGCUGAGAAACAGCGGGAAAGACCACUGGGACAAGAUGAGAUUGAAGAGCUCCGGGAAGCAUUUCUUGAGUUUGACAAGGACCGAGAUGGGUUCAUCUCUUGUAAGGAUCUGGGGAAUCUCAUGAGGACGAUGGGUUACAUGCCCACAGAGAUGGAGCUGACUGAGCUGGGCCAGCAAAUCCGCAUGAACUUGGGUGGCCGGGUAGACUUUGACGACUUUGUGGAGCUGAUGACCCCCAAAUUGCUUGCAGAAACGGCUGGGAUGAUUGGGGUCCAGGAGAUGCGAGAUGCCUUCAAGGAGUUUGACACCAAUGGAGAUGGGGAGAUCACACUGGGGGAGUUGCAGCAGGCCAUGCAGAGACUUCUGGGAGAAAGGAUCACCCCCCAGGAAAUCUCCGAGGUUGUCCGGGAGGCCGACGUCAACGGAGAUGGCACCGUUGACUUUGAAGAGUUUGUGAGGAUGAUGUCUCGUUGACGAGGCUCGGAAAUGCUGUCACUCUCCACCUGGUACAGCUCGGAUCAAGGACUCGUGGAGCGUGGACAGGGAGGGGUGUGUGGUGACUGGCUGUGCAGCAGUACGGAUCGAGGUUAGACUGCAAAUCCAGCCUUACCUGCUUUGGUGGUGGUGCUGGGGCAUCUAUAGAACUAGAAGAAGCAGCAAGAGUUUUAAAUGAGAGUAUGAAUGGUACUGAGGUCCAUUUACCACUCCAAGAAUUCCAAAGGUUAAUAAUAAUGUCUUUUUACGUCACAUAAUCCUAAGUACCAAUGAGUCUUUCUCCCAGCCUCCUGGUUAAAAUGUUCUUCUCUCUCCUUUUACACUGUCAGGCAGUUCAGCCCAGUCUACCCAUCCUCCUUCCUGCUUCAAAUUCCCUGAGUUUCUCCCUCCCAGAGAGAAAGAGGCAGAUCAGUCAGUGGGCUAGAAAUAAGGUCUGUGCUCAGGCUGGGGUUGGAAAUGGUUGAUUAAAAUGGCACUCACAGUGAGCUUUCUUAAUUUCCUAGAAGCACAGUCUGUUUUCCUCUUUCUGGCCUCCCUCUCUUUGUGUAAAUCACAAAUCUAGAUUAAAGGCUUAUGGUAAGCUCAUCCCUGGGGGAAUUAAUCUCCCAUGAAAUGUCAUGAUACAAGGAGAGAAAGGACAGGAUACUUGAAAUCCCCAGCUCAGCCAGCUGCUGUGGAGCCAUUCUGGAAAGCCCACUGCCUCUGCGCGCUUCAGUUCGAUGGGAAGUCUCUUUCACCCCCACCCUCUCGGCACUGCCCUGUGCUGUAAAAUGGAAACAGUGUUUGCCUCACUUCCACUGGAGAACAGGGUGCUUCAGCCAUGCAGGGGUCCUCAAAA